AGGCAAAUCCACGGCUGGUGUGGUUAUCAUGCAGUCCUGCUAGCACCGGAGGUUUCACGGAAAAAUCUAUGUUUACAAUCUGCUCUCUCACAGGGACUAGAAACUAAAGAGAAGCAUCUUGUGGGUUUCUGGAAAACAUUUGAAGAAAGUGGUUUAGCAGGUUUAGCACAGCGGUCGAUUCAUUUCACGACGCUUUGGAACUGGGUAGGAGAACAGUCGAAAUUAUCUGUCGUUUUCAAACUUGACUGUCCGUUUAAUUUCAAUCAAAAAACGUUUGAACGGGUGUGUUCGAUCGCCAACACGGCGUAGAAUAUAUUUUUUCAUUUGCUUAUUCAGUCUUGCUGCCUUGUACAUGUAAUUUUUGUACGGCACUUAGCCACAUAGCUAGCUACUGAAAUUAAAUUACACAUUAUCAAUCAGCGACUUGUAAGUUGCUGAAAACACAAGAAAGACGGAUUCAAAAUACAGGUGACCAACAGCGUUCUCGGUCGUCGGAGGACAUGGAAUCCACAAAGGCUGGGGGCGUAAUAGCGUACAUCAGCUCCUCAAGCUCUGCCUCCAGCCCCGAGUCCUGCCACAGCGACUCCUCAAACGGCAGCUACCAGUCCUCCUCUUCGCCUCGCGCCUCCUCCCCGAGCCGCCGGCAGGGGCCACAGGGGGAGGGCCCCGCGCCCGCGGCCGGGAACGCCCGCGCUCAGGGCCAUGGCGCAGGGAAGACGCGCUCUCCAUCCGCCUCCAAAUGCGGCAUUACGAAGAUCAACGGCCUGGUGCUACUGUGUAAGGUGUGUGGAGACGUGGCAUCUGGCUUCCACUACGGUGUCCACGCCUGCGAGGGCUGUAAGGGCUUCUUCAGGAGGAGCAUUCAGCAGAACAUACAGUAUAAGAAGUGCCUUAAAAACGAGAGCUGUCCCAUCAUGCGCAUCAACAGGAACCGAUGCCAGCAGUGUCGUUUCAAAAAGUGUUUACUGGUGGGAAUGUCCAGAGAUGCUGUGCGUUUCGGACGCAUCCCCAAACGGGAGAAGCAGCGGAUGCUGUUGGAGAUGCAGAGUGCCAUGAACAACAUGAUGAACAACAGCCAGCUGCACAGCCAGCUCCAUGGCAACCAAACCCUGCCGCUUAGCAACCAGCCCCAGCUGUGCGCCGCGGAAAUGGCCCAAGAGGACUCGGGCUCCGCCCCUUCCUCUUGCUCCCCUUCCUCUUCCCCGCGGAGCAACCAGUCUGAGACCAGCUCCGAGAACGAGCCCCUGGUCGCCAUGGAUACCAGCCUGAGCUCGGACGCGUUCAGCGCCACGGACUCCGGCGAAGAGGAGGUCAUUUGCACGGUCGCCAGGGCCCACCAGGAAACCUUCAUGUACAGUCAGGAACAGGGAAACCCGUCAUCGCCGAAACCCGCGCCUCGCUCCCCCACCGCCGCCGAGCGCGUCAGCAACGACAGCCGGAGGAUGGAGGAGAGGCAGGAGGCCUGGAACCAGCGGAACGACGUCGCCACGGUAACCGGCGCCGACGACUGCCCGAAAGAAGACAACGCCCCGUCGCCCCGCUGCCCCGCGAGACUGCCCAACGGCGCCCCCACUGGACACUGCCCUGCCGCCGCCUUCUACAGGCACCCGCAUUUUAGGCCGCGCAACGAUAACGAAACACUAGCCAAUGGCAGCUACUCUAGUCCUGUGUGGAACCGCGGCAACAGGAUGCAUCUGGUCUGUCCCAUGAACACGUCUCCGUACGUAGACCCUCAGAAGUCCGGCCAGAGCAUUUGGGAGGAGUUUUCCAUGAGCUUCACUCCAGCCGUCAGGGAGGUGGUGGAGUUUGCCAAACGUAUUCCAGGCUUCAGGGACCUGUCCCAGCACGACCAAGUCAGCCUGCUGAAGGCGGGCACGUUUGAGGUGUUGGUGGUGCGUUUCGCCUCCCUGUUCGAUGUGAAGGAGCGGACAGUGACGUUCCUCGGGGGAAAGAAGUACAGCGUGGAGGCGCUGCGUGCCAUGGGAGCAGGGGACCUCCUCAACUCCAUGUUUGACUUCAGUGAGAAACUGGCCGCACUGAAUCUCAGCGAGGAGGAGAUGAGUCUGUUUACCGCCGUGGUGCUAGUGUCUGCAGAUCGUUCUGGGAUCGAGAACGUGAACUCAGUGGAGGCGUUACAGGAGACGCUGAUCCGCGCCCUGCGCAGUCUCAUCACCAAGAACCAUCCCAACGAGAUCGCCAUCUUCACCAAGCUCCUCCUGAAGCUGCCCGACCUUCGCUCCCUCAACAACGUCCACUCUGAGCAGCUACUGGCUUUCAAAGUUCACCCCUGAAUUCCCAGUCAAACCAGGGCUGUCUCGAUCUCUCUAACUCUCGCUCGAUCUCUGUUUCUCUCUGCCCCCCUACUCCCCCCCCGACCCCACCCCCCACACGCUCAAAGAACCGUGGACCAUGUGUCACUCACCUCCAGGAACCAUUCCUACCGGUUCACAUGAGCAAACUUUAAAUCGUGGGGGAGGGACCAGCGACAUUCUCGAUCCUGAUUGGUCCUUUUAACUCUGAAAGCAACAAGCAGAUUUGUGAACUGUGCAAGAGGAGGUGAACGUGUGCAACCUGAAGUCAGUUAUCGUACUGUAAGACUAUAAAUACAUAGCCUCUGUUUGUGGUAAACAAAAACAAACUGGAAGGAUGUUUAUGAAAUGUGGGGAUUUAUGGAGGGGAGGGGGUGGGUGAAUGUGCAUAUGAGGCACCUUCUUAAAGUGUUUGUAGAUUUUUACUGUUUUAUUGUUGGUGCAAUAUGUGAUCCAUGUUGAC